AUGCGUCCAAGCGUGCCUCUGCCUCAUGAUUUAGUGUUCGACAACAAAAACGUCUCAGACCCUUUCGGACAAGGCACAUAUGAUAGGUGUAUUCCUCUUGUAAAAAUAUGUAACCGAAGUGCUUUUUGCAUUGCCGGUGACAAAACCGGCCUUCGUAUUCUUUCAUUGCUGUGUUUCUUUAAUGUUAAGCAAAAGCUUUCACUAACGAAACAAAGUCUUGAUCUUGCUGAUCAUGGGACAUUGGAAAGUAGGCGAGGCAAACAGGCAAAGGGAAUUUUGACCUUAAAAAGGAUAAAAAAGCUAGGGAAGAAAGCUGAUAGUUUCGCUCAUGGAAUCCGAAAGCAUGUGAGAUUGGGGCCAAAGAUGAGUGAAACAGUGAAGGGAAAAUUGAGUUUGGGGGCAAGAAUUCUUCAAGUGGGAGGUGUGGAGAAAAUUUUCAAACAAUUAUUUAGUGUUACAGAAGGAGAGAAGCUGGUUAGGGCUUGCCAAUGCUAUUUAUCGACAACAUCAGGUCCUAUUGCAGGCCUUCUUUUCAUCUCCACUGCAAAGGUGGCCUUCUGCAGCGAUAGAUCCAUUAAAAUAUCUUCCCCAAAUGGAGAAUCUCUCAGAGUGCAUUACAAGGUUCUGAUUCCAAUCGAGAAAAUAAAGGGAGUGAAAGAGAGUGAAAACGUGAAGAAACCAAGGCAGAAGUACAUGGAAAUCGUGACAGUCGACAGCUUCGAUUUCUGGUUUAUGGGUUUCUUGAAUUACAAGAAAGCUUUCAAGUAUCUUCAACAGGCAAUCUCCCAAAGACUAGACGACGUACAAGUCACUUUCUAGGUGGCUUACGGUCACGAAUAUGUAUCAUCCGUCUUCAUCAUCUUGAUGAAAGGAGGAAGAAAGGAUCAGUCUUGGAAAUGUAAAAAGUUUCUGUUGAUUCAAAUACACGAUCCUCAAUUCUUCAAUCAUGUUUAGGGGAAGGAUACUAAUUUGUUAUGUGUUUGUAGGUUAUUUGAUUAACAAGUGGGGGGCAUUCUUUGUUGUUUGGUUGCUAGUUACUCCGUUCAAGAUGUUAAUACAUACUUUAUUAAUUGAUUGAUGAUUUUUUGAAGGUACACAACUUUACUCUCAUGGCCGAAUUCAAAUCGAUAGAGAUGGAAAGAGUAGUAUACAUGAAAAAUUCAUGUAUCCAAGAAAUAAUAAACACAAGCUUUAUGCAUCAUUUCGCAACGGUCCUUCGGGUGGUCUCGGGUUCUCAUUCAGACUUGGAAUCGUGAUAGAGUCGCCACCGAUCAUUUUUGAAUUAGGUAGAUCAGACACAUCGAUUUUGCUCAUUUAUCGGAUUUGCGUCUUACCUGUUGGAAGUCAAACCCAACAUCUUGGAAGUAUGUAGAAGCUUAAUGAAGUGGAGCAAUAUAAGACACAAGUGCAUGGCGACAAUAAAAAUAUUAUCACUUGAAAGAUGAAAUGCAACGUGGCAAUGUGGAAAACAAAUUAUGGAUGUCGGCAAGAAGAUCCAACGUUGCAAUUAAAAUAGCAAUAUGUCUAGAAAAGUCUUGAAAUCCUUGGCAAUUAAGGAAUUCAAUCACAGUAAGGAAUUAUAAGGCGGCUAGAAGAAUUUAGAAGCAAGUUCGAGGCGGUUUAUUAUAUAUAUAUAUGGGUGUUUAGCUUAAUAUGGAACAUGUAACAUACGAGUGAAAGAAAAAUAUUAGAGAGAAUUAAGAGAGAGCUUAGCAAAGCUAUAAGGUGAUUGUAAACUAGCCGCAACUAGUAUUGUAUUAUUGAGGUAGUUCCGUUGUAAC